CGGAAAUGAAAGCCAGCAUGUUGUGUGACCUGCUGCACUGGUGUAGAUGGAAGGGGGGAUAGAAAGUUCCUAGAUGUAUGCACGAUCUCGCACUCCACUGGCUCUUGACACGCGACAUUCGGACGUUUCCUUUCAAAAAAAAUCCGAAGCUCCAAACGGACCUUUUCUAGUCAUUUGCUUCCCAGCUAACGGCAUUAUUAACGUUUCACCUGGAGCCUGUCUAUCAAAUGAGGUGCAAACUAGCCACGGUAACAUAGUGUGCAAGAUGGGGAUGUCGUUGUCAUAUCCACUGGUGAAAGAGCCAGAAAGUUAUGUGGAUCCUGAUCUAAACGAAGACUCCGACGAGAUGAAUUUCGCAAUGGAAAUGCAUGAGAUUAACCUGAGCUACACAUACGACAUGAUCCAACAGAGGAUCCGCUCUAUCAAGGAGUCCGCCAAAUUUGACAAGUACAGCUACGACUGGAACACCAGUGUGUUGGAUCUGAAGGACGAGUUCCCCCACUGGACAGCUGAUGACCUGCUCAACCUGAGACGGCAGUUUGAGAUUUUUGACACCAACAAAGACCGCCUGCUGGACUUCGGCGAGUUUUGCGCUUCUCUGAACAUGGUCAACGAUGCAUCAACUAUGGAGGCCAGGAAAGAAAUGUUUAGUAGAGCGGACAAGGACAACUACAAGUCCAUCAACUUCGAGGAGUACCUCCAGCUGAUGUAUGACCUCAAGCAGGGCACGCCGGUCCCCAAGCCCCUCGAGAGCGAGGACAACAAGGACACGGCCACCGGUGACAUCAUCUGUGAAGUGGCCCGCAUGGACACCUUCCAGCAGAUGUGCUACGGGGUCUUCUAAACACAAAUACACACUCCUGAUGACAUUAUGGAUUUGUUGUGCCUUAACUGGGAUUGAGGAAAUGACAUUGUAUGAAUUGGCUUUAUAUAAUUCAAAAUGAUUAAAUAUACAGUUAUUUUUUCCCCAA